AUGACUCCCUUUCACACAAGCCAAAAGAUGACUUGGUUCCCCACCAACUUCCAGAAAGCAGCUGGGAUGGACACGCCUAACAGGAAAGUCCUGGUGCUGGUCCUGAUUUUGCUGCUGUCUCAACUGGCCUGUGAUGCUCACAGCGUAUCUCAGUGCUGCAGAGAACCAUCACGCUCCUGUCGCCUCUAUGUUUUGCUCUGUCGCUCUGGCAGCAAACAGUUGGGAGGACCUCUCACAGGAGACGCCUCAGCUGGCAUUCUCACUCUGGGUAAACGCACAGAAGACGAGCAUCGCUUGCAGAGUCGACUCCACCAGCUCCUCCAAGGCUCCAAGAGCCAAGCAGCAGGAAUCCUCACUAUGGGGAAGAGGACUGACGAGAGGGCUGCAGAGCAGUACAUGGACUGGAUGUCUCAAUCGGGAUCCACCAUUAUAACACCCUUACCUGUUUGA